AUGCUGGUCAAAGCUAUUGCAAAGGAGAUGAUUUCGGCGUGGCUUCGAAACGGCAAGGGAAGCGGGAGCAGUAGCCAGGCUGCGAGAGGGGACCGAGUUAAAGGGCCUUGGUCUCCUGAAGAGGACGUCAUUCUGAGUCGACUGGUGAGUAAGUUCGGGGCCAGGAACUGGAGUCUGAUCGCCUGUGGAAUUGCUGGGAGAUCCGGCAAGUCCUGCCGGCUGCGCUGGUGUAAUAAGCUUGACCCCUCUGUUAAGCGCAAGCCCUUUACUGAUGAGGAGGAUCGUAUCAUAGUUGCGGUACAUGCAAUCCAUGGAAACAAAUGGGCAUCAAUUGCAAGGCUUCUUCUAGGGAGAACGGAUAAUGCAAUUAAAAACCACUGGAAUUCCACUCUGAGGCGCCGGUGUAUGGAGAUUGACAGGGCUAAGUUGGAAUCUGGCAAUAUAAUGGAGGAUGUUAACUCGGACAAAACCAAAGCAUCAUCUGAAGAAACUAUGUCAUGUGGGGAUGCCAAUUCAUCCAAGUCCUUGGAAGGAAAAGAUGUCAACUCUUCAGAUAACAUGGCCGAUCAGAAUGAAGAAAGGGCACAAAUUGAGGGUCAAUUUAGUCAUGAAGCACAAGACCCACCUACCCUUUUCCGUCCUGUGGCACGUGUCAGUGCGUUUAAUGUUUACAGUUCUCUAGAUGGCCCAGAACAUGCGUUUCCAUUUCCACGGCCAGUUCCUAUGCAGGGGGGGCCUUUGAUUCAAGCAUCAACACCUGAUGCCGGGAUCUGCAAAUUGAUUCAAGGAGAUUCAGGUGAACAAUUGGUGCCUCAACGAUGUGGACAUGGUUGCUGUGAGAUUCCUAGAGGUGGGAAUCUUGGAAACUCUUUGUUGGGGCCUGAAUUUGUGGAAUUUUCAGAGCCGCCUCCAUUUUCAAGUUUUGAGUUGGCUGCAAUAGCCACUGAUAUUAGUAAUAUUGCUUGGCUCAAAGUUUGGGAUAUUGGGAUAUGAUGCUCAUUGCCAAUCCCUCAAAGGUU